AUUGGAGUUUACUCUUCGUCUUCAAACGAGGACUGCAACUUGUAACAGGAGGAAGAUGUUUCAACAGAUGUCAGUGAUCUGUACUCUACUGGGGGCCGCUAUCUGUGGCUCUAUGGCGGCUGCUGGUAGAAUUAAAGAGAUAGACUGUGGUUCUGUUGGGGAAUUAAUAAAUGGAUAUUUUGAAAUACCAGUGGGAACCACUUUUGGAAAUGUUGUAUAUGCAGUUUGCAACGAAGGGUAUAAUCUCAUCGGCAGUGUAACCAGGGAGUGUCAAGCUAAUGGAAAGUGGAGUGAUGCUGAACCCUACUGUGAAGUUGUGAAAUGUGAAGAUCCCCCUGAAAUCCCUGAUGGAGAAAUUGUCAACCCCAGUGAUGGAACAGUGACGUUCAGCUCAGUUGUAAUCUACAAGUGUAAAAAGGGCCAUCUGAUUGGUCAUCGAACGAUGUACUGCACAGUGCAUGGAAAUUACAGCAAUCCUCCUCCCCAGUGUAAAGAAAUCCACUGUCCUUUGGUCCCUGUGGAAAAUGGCAGGAUUACAGCAGGAUUUGGAUCACCUGUCUAUAGGAGCAUUGUCACUUUUGCCUGUAAUCAUGGCUACAUGCUGGAAGGGAGUGACACCAUCAUGUGCCAACAAAACGGGCAAUGGUCUUCCAAACCACCUACCUGCAGUAAAAUGAAUAUUUGCAGACUUCCAAAUAUUGAAAAUGGGUGGGUGACAAAUGUUAAUCCUCCUUACACAUAUGAUGACUCUAUUGAAUUUGCUUGCAAAGAUGGAUAUCUUCUUAAAGGAGCAAAAAGAGUAUCUUGUAAAAAAUACGACACAUGGAACCCUUUACCUCCAAAAUGUGAACAAGAUCCCUGCCUAUCUGACAGCAUCUUCAAAGGAUUCAAAUGUGCUGUAAAAGAAUUUGUUGAAUGGUUUGAUGACUUUUUUUGAAAUCUGACGUUAGAAUGAUGACCUCAAUGGGUUAGUUUAACACGCUAACCUGAACUGAUGUGCCUACCAGACUUAACAACAUUUUAUAUGCAGUACUGGAAUAUCUUAUGUUCCUCAUCCUAGCACUAACUUUAUGUGAAGAUUGAUCCUGGAUUGACCAUCACUGUCAGUAGCUUUCAGUUAACACAAGCCCAUUUCCUUGCAUAUUUUCCUUUGAAUCUUUCAUUGUCCUCCCACCCUGAAUUGUGACCAACUGGAGUGAUUUUUUGUACUAGCCUGAUCUUAGACUGCUGUUUCUUCAUCUUGGUCUUGAGGACCAGCUGUUUUUGCUGCCCCCAGAAUUUCUAAAAUAAACACAAGUUCCAGUCUUUAGUCAAACUCUUUGCUUAACCAAACGUAUUUAUUCAUUUUUAUUAAUUAAAUCUGCCAUUCACAAGAA